AUGUCGAUCAAGGAAAUCUGUGAGGAUCCCCAUCUCUUUGUGGAUGGAAUCAGCUGCCAUGAUUUGCACCAGGGACAGGUGGGGAACUGCUGGUUCGUGGCUGCCUGCUCCUCACUGGCGUCCAGAGAGUCUUUGUGGCAAAAGGUCAUCCCAGAUUGGAAAGAGCAAGAGUGGUCGGCUGAGAAACCAGAGAACUAUGCUGGGAUUUUCCAUUUCCAUUUCUGGCGCUUUGGUGAAUGGGUGGAUGUGGUGAUCGAUGACCGCCUGCCCACACUUCACAACCAGCUCAUCUACUGCCACUCCAACUCCAAGAAUGAACUGUGGUGUGCGCUGGUGGAAAAAGCCUAUGCCAAACUCUCAGGAUGUUACGAAGCCUUAGACGGAGGCAACACAGCUGAUGCCUUAGUGGAUUUCACUGGCGGUGUGUCAGAGCCCAUUGAUCUCUUGGAAGGAGGCUAUGCAAAUGAUGAAGCCAAACAAAGCCUUCUUUUUGAGCGGGUCCUCAAGGUCCAUAAUCGAGGCGGUCUCAUCAGCAGCUCUAUCAAAGCCACCUCAGCUGCUGACAUGGAGGCACGCCUGGAUUGCGGACUGGUCAAAGGACAUGCCUACGCUGUGACAGAUGUGAGGAAAGUCCGUCUGGGCCAUGGACUCCUGGCCUUUUUCAAGUCAGAGAAGCUCGAAAUGAUCAGGCUGAGGAAUCCCUGGGGGGAGAGGGAAUGGAAUGGACCAUGGAGCGACACCUCUGAGGAAUGGAAGAAGGUCAGCAACAGUGAGAGAGAAAAGUUGGGGAUGACUGUGCAAGACGAUGGAGAAUUCUGGAUGGCGUUUGAUGACUUCUGCAAAUACUUCACUGACAUUAUCAAAUGCCGUCUCAUUAACACAUCUUACCUGAGUAUCCAUAAGACUUGGGAGGAGGCAGUCUUGCGGGGAGCGUGGACAAGGCAUGAAGACCCCUUGAAGAACCGAUGUGGAGGUUGCAUCAAUAACAAGGAGACUUUCUUGCAAAACCCUCAGUAUGUUUUUGAUGUGAAGAAAACAGAGGAUGAAGUGCUCAUCUGCAUCCAACAGAAGCCCAAACGAACCAAUCGAAAGGAAGGCAAGGGGGAGAACCUGGCCAUUGGGUUUGACAUCUUCAAGGUGGAGCUGAAUCGAACAUAUCGGAUGCACACCUUGCAACCCAAGGUAGCCAGUUCCAUUUACAUCAAUUCCCGCAGCGUCUUCCUGAGGACAGACCUGAAGGAAGGCCGCUACGUCGUCAUUCCAACCACGUUUGAGCCUGGACAUGUUGCUGAGUUUCUUCUCAGGCAGUUCACAGAUGUGCCUUCAGAUUUUCAGGAGCUGACCCUGGACGAGCCUCCCCACACUUGCUGGAGUGGAAUGUGUGGCUAUCCACAGCUGGUGUCCCAAGUCCAUGUCAUCUCAGCUUCUGGACUGAAGAACCAUGGCUCUGAAGAAGGAGUGGAUCCCUAUGUGAUCAUAAAGUGCGAAGGGGACAAGAUCCGUUCGCCGGUGGUGAAGAAUACAACGUCACCAGAAUUUGAUGUGAAAGCUCUGUUCUACCGGAAGAAGCCAGGGCAGCCAGUCCUUAUCCAGGUAUGGAACCAUAACCUCAUAACAGAUGAGUUUCUGGGCCAGGUAACUCUUGCUGGAGACCCAAAUGAGCUUCAUCCUCUGCACAUCGUCCAUCUCCAAGACAGGGGCAACAAACGCACCAACGACCUCCCAGGAACCCUUCAGGUGCAAUUGCUCACUAGCAGCAUCCUGACGAACAUCUGAAGGACACCACUGGGACAAUUCUUUUGUGCCAUAUAAACAUGUGUGCAUAUAAUCUUGCAAUAUGAAGUACAGGGUGUCUGAAAAUUACUUUUUCAAUUUCAGUUGUACAGGAAGCCACUGCUUAUUUGACAGGUUGGGGGCUGGAGUACUGUCAAAAAAUGAAAUCAGCUGAAAAGCAGAAACCAGUCUUUUUUUAGCUUGCAAAUGCAAGACUGAACACUUGCAAAUCGAUUGCAGGGGGGAAGCAGUAUGUGGUCAAAAGUACAGAGCAGGAUGCCUGUAUAUAGAACUGAAAUUGUAAAGAUAAUUUUUGGAUUUGCUGUACACAUUGGCACACACACACACACAUAUAUUCAUAUAUAUGCUUGCCAGUGUAUGAAGUGUACUGUGCAUGCAUUCACUUUUAAAAAGGGGACCAGCUCUUUGAGUUUAAUUUUUUUUUGUUCUUGUUGUUUUUAAACUUUUAUACAAAGGUGCCUUUUUUCAAAAAGUGAAAAUGAUUAUGUUUGUGGGUUGGGCUUAUUAUUAUUAUUAUUAUUAUUAUUAUUAUUAUUAUUUCUAAACAAAUCUGAGAAAUUGUUUUGUGGCCCAUGAUGGAAAAUUGGGUGGUACGGAGAGGCCUCCAAAGCCACCCCCCUCUUUAUGAGUGGCUGCAAGUACAGAUGCCAUAAGGCUGUAUGUUUACAAAGAUAUCUCUUUCGCUCUCUCAGACGCACACAUGUGGUUGGGGAGGUAUUUUUGUCGCCAUCCCAGAAAACCACAAUUCCAAGUUCACCAAAGGGCUCUUGAUCUUAACUCACAUAUCUCCAAGGCUGUUGGUAGUAUUUGACACCAAAAUAGGAAAAAAAGCAGAAGAAAGAUUAUGGGAGUUUAGAAAGAAAUGGUUUAAAUGUGUUCCCUGAAUGCUCUUUACCUUUACAAAGGAUUGGCAUCCAGUGUACUUUUGCCCAGGAUGGCUGUGAUUCCAUACCAAUGAAGGAAAAGGUUAGAAUAUUUUAUUGGGUACAGAAAGCUCUGCACCACAGCUUGGUUUUGUUGUUUUACCCAGAGCAAGCUUCUGGUCCUCAUUGUUACAAGGAUACAUUUGACUAUGUGCAAGUUAUGCCAACAGAAAUCUUAGAAAGUCACAUUUCCAGUGGCAUAAAAAUGGGAAUUUAGUGUCCUGCAUGCCAUGUUUUCAUUCCCUUUGCCUAGCAAAACUAAAACUAAAUUUCAUAGAAGAAAAAAAUAUUGGCUCAUAAAUAGGAAUGGUUAAGUGGACAGCUGGCUCAUUAAAUUCUCCACCCACUGGAAAAAUCUGCUUUGGACAGCUCUUUUGUCUUGAUUUCCAGGGAGGGAGACCUGGCUAGUUGGUUGUAGCAAAAAUUUAAAAACGGUUUUGUAGCUUCACAUCAGAUUGGACUGCAAUCCACAAAAGCUUAUGCUAAAUAGAAUUUCUUAGCCUUUAACAUGCCACAAGACUUUUUUUUACUUUCAUUUCAGAAAUUUCAGGAUCUGUUUCCCACCAUUUCAGACCUAACAUUUCAGUUAUAAUAAUGACUAGAAACCUAUUCUAUUUUGAAAGACCUGAGCUCCCUUGCAGAGGUUUAGCAUAUCCACAGCUCAUGAUUUCACACUGUUCAUCCUGAUUCCUAGGAACAGAAAGGAAAAUACCUCUUAAUAACAUUUUUGGUAACAAACAAUCUCAGUUAAUGAAAGGCCUUUUAAAUAAGCAAAGUUUGGGCUCACCCUUUACCUUGUCCCUUUUAUACGUACAGUAGUGCCACAAAAAACAUGCCAAAUUUAGGAAGGUUCAAGAGAAGAUGCCCUGCAACAGCUCUGUUAAUGAAUAAGAUCUUCAACACUGUCUUCCAUGGAUCAGAAUACAUGUGGAGGUCUUUAAGGUGCCAUAGGAUUCUUCUUUUUUACUGUCUUCCAGAGGGAUAUUCUGUAAAAAGCGAAUAAAUAGAAAAAAUAGGGGGGGGGGGGAGCCUGAGUCUCCUACCCUGUGCUAGUCAUUUUUGAGAAUCUCUGAGGUCGAUGAAUUUCAUCCAGAGACCAGUUGACUGAGAGGGAGGAACAUGUCUUGUUUUAUAAGAAGCAGGUCCCAGGUUCAUUUCCUAAGAUGUCCAUUUCAAAAAUCUCAUGAACUGUUUGUUUUAAUACAAGGUACUGUUGGGAAUCUUGCUUUCUGUAGCCUUCUGGUAUCAGUAUUACCAUACAUGCUCAACUAUAAGGUGAUUUUGUGUAUAAGUCGAGGACAGGUUUUGGGGUCAAAAUUAUGGAUUUUGAUAUGACCUGUGGAUAAGCUGAGAGAAAAGGAUGAAGCAAAGGAAAACAAUGCCAAAGAACUGUUUGUGUUCACCCUGAAGGCUGGAUGGAUGAAGAGAGAAUUAUGGUAAAUGGUGGCUGUAUGAUUGUGUAGAGGAGGUGACCAGGCACAAGCGGAGCUAAGGAAACGCAUACAUGUCAACAAGGAUGAAAAGGCAAAGCAAAGAAAAUUAGCAGUGAUUACAGCCUUUAACUUUAAUAUGAUACCUUUGCCUGAUUUUAACCCUGAAAAGCAGAAUGCAUUGGAAGGAAUCUUUAAAAUUCAGAAUAACAUCCAGUGUAGGUUCACCAGACCCCUUCAAUGGUCUUACUCACAUUCAGCUACAACUGAAUGCAAUGUGAGGAAUAAUAUUUUUUAGCAUUUCCCCCAUAACUAAAUGCCUAUGUACUAGUUUUCUAUGUGCAAGAAUGAAUCAUUUUUAUUGUUAUAUUGGAGAGUUAAAUUAUCAUUUUAGAUGUUUUAGCACAAUUCAGUUCUUUUGCCUGUCCUCUGAAGUUUUUUAGUCCAAAAAGAAAUGUACCACUUGAUGCUUCUCAGAGCAUUGUGGUUCUACUCUCUAGUUCUGAGUCAAGGAAGAGCUUGGCAAAAUGCUCUUUAUUGGAGUAAAACCCCUGGAAUCCCCAUGUGAAUUCUGGGAGUUGUUUUUCACAACAGUGUGUUUUCCAAGUUUCAAGUACGUACGGCAUAAGUAAGAACAUAGAUAUGAGCACAUGAAUGUAUUUUUAACUCAGGCUUGCUGCCUUCCUUUGCAGUUAUAUAUUUAUCCAGUGCUGCAAGGGGCAGAGUUGCAUAUGCCAUAUCCUUGUUUGUCUGGGCUACCCUUGGUAGAAAAGCUCAUUUUAAUGUUCAGCCUAAUAGAAUGCAAGCAUCAUUUCAAAGUGACGUUAUGUUGAACCUGCUAAGCCAGUCAGUUUCUUUACAUGGAAUACAGGAAGGGAGAAUUACUUUAUCCUUUACCGCAGGCAGCCAAAUGCCCCAAAUAUCCCUGUGUGCAUGAAAACAAGCCCACAUGAAAUAAGCCAUACCAACAAGAGAAGGACAGCUCUUGAUGUCAUCAUGGUUUACAGGGACCAAUCCUCUUUUCCUUGGUUUUUUUUAACUCCUCUUUUUUCAAAACGGCAACAGACAACAUCACAUUCCAGCCAUCAGUCUUUUCACUGCUUUUGGGGGAAAUAUACGGAUCAGGGCAUUACUAAAUCCUUAUAGCCAUGGUUGAUGGUUCUUCACCGACCUGAGAUGGGUGGAUGGAAGACAAUCCAUAGGUUAAAAGCUAUGCUUUAAGGCUCACUGGUAACUGUCAGACAUGUUUAAUUUUAUGAAGUCAUAUCAAUUGCACUUUAUCCGAUGAAUGCUUUAUGACCUGUAUGAAUGCAAAUUGGAGGGAAAGCCUUGAUAAUACCAACUUUUAAAUGCAUUGAAAUAAUUGUCUGUAUGAGAUUUGGAAUUAAAAGCCAAAAAUCUAAACAAAACAACAAAACAGCUGUCCAGUCUG